UUGAUAGGCUGAGAAAUCAAAGAGAUGGCAGGACACAGGGUUGCACAUGCCACACUUAAAGGGCCUAGCGUUGUGAAGGAGUUAAUCAUCGGUAUGGCACUCGGUUUAGCUGCUGGUGGUCUUUGGAAGAUGCACCAUUGGAAUGAACAGAGGAAAACCAGAGCCUUCUACGACUUGCUUGAGAGAGGUGAGAUCAGUGUUAUUGCCGCCGAAGAGUAAUAAAAGCUCUGCUCACAGACUCAUUCUUCAAAGACUGAUGGAUGAUUUCGAAUUCUAUUUUUUUUGUUUCUGUUUAUAAUAACUCUGAGAUGAGUUUGGAUUUUGUGAGAAAUAAACAAAUCUGAGAAUGAGAUUUGGUAGAUCAUAAACUGAUUUUAAUGUGAUGGUCGAUUCAGACAAGCUUCCUUGUUUUGUUUUGUUUUGUUUAAAAAGUUAGUAUUAAUUUAUGGAACCUUAUUCAUGGAA